CAUGCUCAUGAUCCCGCUGAGUAAGACUUGCAAGGUCCGUGUGAUGCCGAGGCUAAAAAUACCCCUCAUAACUCCGAAUACAGCAAUAAACACCGAGCAGCAUCACGCAGACCGAUUGUGAAAUACAGUGAUAUUAUUUUUCAACUUUCAGUAAGCAAUAUUGACAUCAUGUCUCCAUCCCCUCAAGACCCGAUUAUUAUCGGUGUCGGAGAAAUCCGCCAAAAGAAGUUCACCCUCGAAAAUACUCUCGAACCAGCAGAGCUUAUCUUAUCAGCAAUUCGCGAUGCAGCAAAAGAUACAACUGUCGAUGUUAUCAACCAUGUAGACAGUAUUUCUGUUGUUCCCCCGUGGUCUUGGACAUAUGAUGAUCUACCAAAGCAUCUUGCCCAGAAACUUGGCGUUCACCCUUCGCAUCUUGAGCUCUCGAGUCAUGGAGGUCAUACGCCUGCGUUGCUGUGCGACGCAGCAGCCGCCAGAGUGGCGGCUGGAGAAACGAAAUUAGCUGUUGUUACAGGAGGAGAGGCGUUAGCAUCAUUGUUUGCGUGUCAGAAAGCUGGACGUCUUCCUCCACCGGGAUGGACUGAGAUGUCCCCUGAUGCAAAAUUAUAUGGCCCGAGUGACCCUGCACUCUUGAAAGAUGUCGGUGCCUCGCACUCCAUCGGAAUGCCAAUUCAAGUAUACCCUCUAUACGAAAACGCAUACAGAAAGCAUAACCAGCAGACAUUCCAUGAGAAUCAUCAUGAAUCAGCAGCCCUUUACGCCGAAUUUGACAAGAUUGCCUGUCAACAUCCGAUCAGUUGGAGAGCAGGCGAAACACCACGAGACGUCGAUGCUAUUAAGACGAUAACCAAGCAGAAUCGGAUGAUCUGCACACCUUACCCAUUGUUGAUGAAUGCCUUUAAUGGUGUAAACUUGGCGGCGGCCUGUAUCAUCACUUCUGCUGAGUAUGCUACCAAGCUAGGCGUCCCCCAGGAUAGAUGGGUGUACAUCACUGGCGGCGCUGGCUCGAAUGAUAGUUCACAUUUUUGGGAGCGAGCCAACUACUUCUCGAGCCCUGCUAUCGAGUACUCCAUCGACAAGGCUCUCGAAUCCGCUGCGCUCACUAAGAACGAGAUCGACUGCUUCGACUUCUACUCGUGAGUUCAAGAAAAAUGGGCAUUGAGGUGGAACUCACAUGAUGAUAGGUGCUUUCCCAUCGUCCCGAAACUUGCUUGUAAGCAUGUCGGUCUCGAUGUUCAGAAGCCAGCCAAGCCUAUCACUUUACUUGGUGGCCUUACUUCCUUUGGCGGUGCAGGCAACAACUACUCUCUUCACGUAAGCUCUCUCGUGCUCUGAGGAUCAUGAUCUAAGGUUUCUGGACAGGCAAUCGCGGAGAUGACAAGAGUCAUUCGAAGCCGAAAGCAUCAAACCGGCUUGGUGCUUGCGAACGGAGGAGUUCUAUCCUGGCAACAUGCUCUGUGUUUGUCGGCUCAGUCGCGGCGCAAUAACUCCACUUAUCUGAAAAGAGAAGUUCUUGACAAUGGUGAUGUUUCUCAAGGUCCAGCGUUUACCCCAACAGCGCAAGGCGAAGCUGUAAUUGAGACUUAUACUGUGGACUAUGAUCGAAAGGGACCCAAGCUCGGCCAUGUAAUUGGAAGACUGGUUGAGAAUGGACAGAGAUUCAUUGCAAACCAUGGUGAUGAGCAUACAUUGGCGACUCUUGCGAGUACUAACGGAGAGCCGAUUGGUAUGAAGGGUCGUGUGAACAGGGCUGAUGACGGCCGAAAUCUCUUCACUUUAUCAGCGAGUGCAAAGCUGUAGAAGGCAACUAUAGACUGUGAUGAAGUGCAUAAUUGACAAUAGCCUUGUGUAAUCACCGACGUAAUAUUGGAGCUAUCACUGGCAGCAUUUCUGUUUA